ACUUUAUGUUGUACGACGUUUGUCGGGUCCACGUAGCCCGGUACUAAAUGGAGUCGUUGCCAAAUAUUGUCCACUGUUCUGGUUGAUAAAAAUGGCUUCGUUGUUUUGUAAACAGCCUGGCCAGGCUAUGCUGAAUGUUUCUCGUCUCCGAAGAACCAUUUGUACUGCAUUAAUACGUAAUUCCAAAAUUCAAGAUACUCAUUAUAAGGAAAAAUCUUUAGUGGACAGCGAUGUUUCUGGAAAGGGUGGUUUAAAUCUGUUAUCAGGUAUCCCACUGGAACAAUCACAAGACAGAAAAGUAACAAUAUUUCUGCCUUCCAGAAAUACCAUGCAAAGCGGUACGCACAAUAUGAGAAAAUGGACAAUAUCUUUUGACACUAAGCAACGAUGGGAAAAUCCACUGAUGGGCUGGGCAUCCACUGGUGAUCCGUUGUCGAACACUCAAGUCAAGUUUGGCUCAAGAGAAGCUGCUAUAAAUUACUGUGAAACCCACGGUUGGCAAUACGAAAUACAAGAACCUACUUUACCUACAACCCGUCCAAAAUCAUACGGAUCAAAUUUUUCUUGGAAUAAACGAACGCGCACUUCUACGAAGUAGCCAACGACUUUAUAUGGCGCUAAUUCUUGUAUAUUAUUAUUAGUAUAUAAAUAUAUUGUUUAUUUUUGCUCCUGCA